CCCGAUCUCCAAGGCCAACCAUUCCGCUUGGGAAGAGGCCCAGAGCACGCUGCUCUGCUCCAUGCAACGCUUCAACUUAACGGUGGUCCACUCGUCGUACGACCUGCGCCCGGAGCAGGCGCUGAUGACCGAGCCGCACGACUUGUCCGUCCAUGCUAUUACUUGCACUAACACGAAUGCCAGCAUCCCGAUGUUCAGCACGCCAUCUAACCUGCUGCGGCGGGACGAUGGACCAAACGAGGCGGACGGGCGACUCAUAACGAUGAAUGCCGCCGAUUUGAACCCGCGUAAUGUGCUCUAGGGCUCGAGCACUGGCAGAUUGGAAGGAUUUACACAAAGGAUAGCUUCUUCCGCCAUUGACUAAGGUGCGUCGGCACGCUAAACGGUCCAUUUAUGACUCCCCUGGGCUCCAACAGUUCGAUUUGUACGCUCGACUCGGCAGCGGGGCAUACGCCCGCAGACAUUUCUAUAGCCAUUUUUAUCGCCUCGCACGAAGGCCAGCCCGCCGAUAAUGCUGCGCACCUCGUCGAACAGCUCUCCAACUUGAAAGGCGAGCAGCUUUCGGAGGUAUCCCAGGCCGUCUCUUGCUACAGCAACCGCGACCGUACUCUACCGUAUCAGCGUAUUUGACGUUGCGCGAUGAAUUUCUCGCCGAGCGCGAUGGUGACGUCGGUUUCGUAUGCUUCAAAGUGUUCAAGUGGGAGACGGCGCCAUGGGGGGAGGUGGGCACUUCGUAAGGUCCGUGUCUCCUUGC